AACCACUGCAGCAGCAGCACUGCACGGAGACACGAGGAGCCACAGGGAAGCUUGUCAGCUACAGACUUGCUCAUUCUUAAUUAUCUCCAUGGCUGCUGAUGAGACCCCGCAGGAGCCGGACCUGCUCGAAAUGCGCCAAUCUGCAAAGGACGGAUGUGCGUUCGUGUGUGUACAGAGCAAUAUGUUCAGUUGAAAGCAAAUGCAGCUAAUUAAUACGGAGACGCUUAACUGUGAUUGUCAGUAGUUAAAUUAAAAGGACGUGCAUUGUCUGCUCUUUACGUAACCUUUUUUUGCGUAAUUUUGAUGCCGCGUGGACCAGGAUUAUUUUGGCGAGGAUAUCUGUAGCCUAGUGCUCUCCCCUCCUCCUUGCAUCCGUUGUUGUCCUCAACAGCAGACACUCAUUCAGACGGGGACUAUUUGUCUGGGGCAACGUUAUAAACAGACGAGGAGCUGUUUUAAUGAAAUCCAACAUCGCUUUAUCCAGGUCGAAGAGAGAUAAGGAGAGCGAGGGAGAGAGAGAGAAGAAAAUCAAUGCAUUUCUUCCAGGACUGUGAAUGCACAUGGGUUAGCCCUUCAAUCAGCAAUGCUUUGGAAUCCUCCAGCUGCUCUUCCAUGCUGUUUUCUGAGAAUGGGAUCGUAGUAAACCUCUCUGGGAUUUAGAUCAACCGCUAGCAUGUUGCAUUCUUCCACCAGAACAGGUGACAGCCUGUUGGAAACAUUACCUCAUUGGAGUAAGCAUCCAAGAUGGGUCCUUUCCCUCACCCUCUGCAUGGCUCUUCUCUGGCUUCCAGGGGCAGCAGCAUCCACCUUAAACUGCCAUAAGACAUGCAUCUGCGCCUCAAACAUAGUGAGCUGCUCCAAGAUGAAUCUGACCACCAUCCCAUCAGGUCUACCGCUCUACACUGCUGUGCUGGAUCUCAGCUACAAUGAGAUAGUGCGGCUGCGAGCUGAGUGGACCCCAGUCAAGCUCCUGAAGCUCCAUAACCUCCUCCUCAGCCAUAAUGGUCUCCAAUUCCUGUCUUCAGAGGCAUUCCUAUAUGUGAAGCACCUGCGCUACUUAGACCUGUCCUCCAACAACUUGCGACUGCUGGACGAGUUCAUCUUUGAGCCCUUGGUCAACCUGGAGGUUCUCUUGCUGUACAAUAACCAAAUUUCCCAGAUUGAUCGCUCAGCCUUUAUCGGCAUGAUCAGUCUUCAGAAGCUCUACCUUAGCCAGAACCAAAUUUCCCGUUUCCCAUUGGAGCUGGUCAAGGAAAAGUCCCGUCUGGAGAAGCUUAGUCUCCUGGAUGUGUCCUCCAACAAGAUCAAGAUAUUACCUAUUGAUGAGCUCCAGGUGCUGCCUGCCUGGAUUAAAAAUGGUCUCUACUUCCACAAUAACCCUCUGCUGUGUCACUGUGAUCUCUACACUCUCCUCGCCCAUUGGUACAUUCGAAAGCUGAACUCCGCUGUGGACUUCAAAGGCGACUACACGUGUAUUCUGCCUGGCCCGCAAAAAACCCAAGUAGGUGUUUUUGAUCUCAGCGAUGAUCAUAUGAACUGCAGCACAUUCAAGGAGGCAGAUGAAGAGGCUUUUCUGGAGCAGAGGCUGAUUCUUAGCUGUGACACCAAACACAGGAACAUGUUAAAGACCUGGAUGAUGCCUGGGAAUGUGGUGGUGACACCUGGAAGCAACCAGACAGCAAAAGUUUUGCCAGAUGGGAGUUUGCAGAUUAGUUCGAUCAGAAAUGAUGACUCUGGGACCUACACUUGCUUUGCAAUGAGCGAGGUCUUCAAUGAGACGAUCUAUGUGGUGCUGAAGGUUCACAACUUCACCAUGAACGGGGGCGGAGAGACCCUGAACACAGCGUACACCACCUUGGUGGGCUGUCUGGCCAGUGUGGUGCUGGUGCUCAUGUAUCUUUACCUGACACCAUGUCGCUGCUUCUGCUGCCCCAAUAAAGGUAAGGCUCGGGGUGAGGACAGCAUCCACUCGUCCAUGCUCAGCGUGACACCGACCCACGAUGACCCAGCGCUCAAGGCCGAGCUGAACAGGCACGUGGCGUUUAUAGACUCCAAGGAAUUGCAGGGCCAGAACGGCAAGCUGAACCCCAAUGGGGAGGAGGAUGAUGGUGAUCUGGAUGCAGAGGCUGGUUCUCUUAUGAAGGGAAAGAGAAAGAAGUCAGUAGCAGAAUCCAUCAGCUCCGUCUUUUCAGACACUCCCAUGGUGGUCUGAGAUGAGACCGGCAAAGAGGAUGGAUGGCACACAACAGGAUGUAAAUGGUACGUGAGCCAUCGUUUUACUUAAGGCAAACUGUGAUUGUGACCUUUUGGGAGGAAACAGAGGAGGGAUGUUCAUCUGUAGUUGCUGGCAAGUGGAAACAAUAAUCUCAAAGAGAGUACAAAAACAAACUUGUCUUGUUGCUGACAAGGACAAUAAGCAGGACUUUUCCAGCAUUUUAAUCUGUAGCACUUAAUAUUCAUACUGUGAAGGAACGGCAGCGUACAUGAACAGUGGAAACUACUCAAGUCUUAUGAGAGCAAAACGUAGAUGAUAUAUUGUUGAUAUCAGCACUCAGGAUGUGAUCCAUUAACUGCUAAAGUGUGGGAAAUAGCAUAUGAUACAAUGCAUAGGUUUAAAUUCGAUUUGACCCAUAAUUAUAUUUAUUACAAGGACUAGAAUAGAUUGCAUCUUAACUACAACAUUAGAUCAUAGAUACAUUUACCCAUCCUCUAUCAACACAGGGACAGAGACGGCCGCCAUCACAAGGCUAUGAAUUCAUCUGUUGUUAACCUUGACACACUAUAGAGAAACAGCAUGCCAUAAACCCACAUUAUACGAGGUCUCAGGCUGAUCUGUACUGAUCUUUAAGUGGGAUAAAGAAAAUGUGCAUUCAUCAGAUUCUCAUUUAGUCAUUGAGAAAGCAGUAGCACAAACAUUAUAUUAAGAGGCCAUCGCAGGUCAUUUCCAUCCUACUUUAUGGCUGAUACUUAGUUACACUCAUAUAGUUCAUCAGACCAAUCUCUUUUUGUAUUCAGAGUCAUAUGUGUAGCGAUACAGGAGAAAGCUAUAGGAAUCAAUUUACAAAGAGGUAUGGUAUAAAAUAGUUAACCAG